AUGACCUCCCCUCCCAAAACCCAGCUCAUCCGCACUGGCCCCUUCGCCCUCACCGCCCCGCCCCAAACAGACCUCUGGCGCAAACCCCCCGCGACCGACGUCUCCACCGCGCCCACCCACCCGGCCACCCUGCCCACCUACCCCCUCUCAUCCUUCCGGCGUGCGCGCGUGACGUUCUCGCUGCCGCCGGCGGGCGAGUUGAGGCAGUAUGAUCAGGCGGGGUUGGUGUUGCGGUUUGACCGCGACGGGGAGGGUGGUGAAAAGGGCAAGUGGGUGAAGACGGGGAUCGAGUGGUACGAGGGCAGGCCGUGGGUUAGUACGGUUGCGUGCGAUGCGUGGGCGGAUUGGAGUGUUGUGCCGCUCGACACCAACACCUCUACAAACACCUCUUCCACCGCCGACGCAGAAACACGCCCCUCCGCCACCAUCGAAGUCGAGCGCCACGCCGACCCCCUCGGCUCCAGUCUCUGGGUGUACCGCGUCCUCACCACAUCUACGGGAGAAACACGCGUGCCCCUGCGCGAAAUCAAUUGGGUGUUUGCGGCCACGGAGGGGUGGCGGGUUGGCGUUGGGGGGCUGGUGGCGCGGCCGGAUCCCGAGGGGAAGGGGGGCGAGCUGGUAGGGGAGUUUGGGGGGGUGGAGGUCGAGGUUGAUGGGGAGUAG